AUGAAUUUCUUCACGCAACGCGCCAAGGGAAGACAUUGUGGCAGUGAAUCUGAUAGACUUUUGGAAUCUGUGUUUGUGAAUCAUUCGUCUACAUAUUGCUCUCAGGAGAAUGUUGCUGGUAUACGAUCCCGCGUUAGCGCCGGUGACUCUGCCGCCUUAGGAGAUCUUGUCAUCAAGACAAAAAUCCUGGUAGAAACAAACGAGGAAAUAAUGGCCGAUGAG